AUGAUACGUUUGGAGCGUCGCCUUAUUGAUACGCUAAAUCGACUGCGAUGUAAAGUCCAUGAGAAUGGAUGUGCACAGCUGAAAGCAUCACUUACUAGUACUCCGUUUCAGAAGGAUACUAUCGUUCCGGAAGUUUCGAUUUUCUCAUUGCUGCAAAACAGAUCUCAGACCUGGGAAUGGAAUGUGGUUUUGAAGUCAUUACAAUACGUUCGCUUUGCAAGGAAAAAACUCAUAGACGAUUUAUUAGACCAAUUCGAAAAAAAUUUGAAAACAGCAAGAAAAAUCACUAAGGAAAAAAACGAUAAACAAGCCAGUGAAUCUUCUCGUAAAGAAAACAGUGACAACCAACCGUCUGAAAAUCCAAGUCGGGGCAAACGUCCUCCUGGUUUCCCGGACAUACCGAUGCCGCCAUUAUCAGCUGUCUUAGCAGCCAUAGCGGCAUUUGCUGCACUUUUCCUGUUGGCGAACAAAGGUAAAGAAAUAUCUUGGAAGGAAUUUUACACUGAAUAUUUGGAGAAAGGCACUAUUGAUCGAUUAAUUGUGCACAGAACAUGGGUUGAAGUAAAAGUACGAGAAGAUGCAAGCGUUGGUGGCGCAAUUCUAACUGGUCCACCAGGCACUGGUAAGACACUGUUGGCUAAAGCGACUGCUGGUGAAGCAAAUGUGCCGUUCAUAACAGUCAGUGGUUCAGAAUUUCUGGAAAUGUUUGUGGGCGUUGGUCCAGCGCGUGUUAGAGAUAUGUUCUCUAUGGCUCGCAAAAAUGCACCCUGCAUAUUAUUUAUCGAUGAAAUAGAUGCUGUUGGAAGGAAGCGAGGUGAAGGCCGAUUUGGCGGGCAUUCAGAACAGGAAAAUACUCUCAAUCAACUGCUUGUUGAAAUGGAUGGUUUCUCUACUGAAGAGUCAUCGGUUAUUGUUAUCGCAGCUACAAAUCGUCCUGAUAUUUUGGAUGCAGCUUUACUUAGGCCUGGUCGAUUUGAUCGACAGAUCUACAUCCCUGUACCUGAUAUCAAAGGAAGGGCUUCCAUAUUUCGUGUUCACUUGGCGAAAUUGAAGACAAAUUUGGAUAAAGUGGAGCUUUCAAGGAAGUUAGCUGCUUUAACUCCCGGAUUUUCAGGAGCCGAUGUUGCAAAUGUCUGUAAUGAAGCAGCGUUAGUAGCAGCACGUGAUGCAGCAAAUGAAAUCAUUCUGAAAAAUUUCGAACAGGCCAUCGAAAGAGUUGUUGCCGGCAUGGAGAAGAAAAGUCAGGUUUUACAGCCGGAAGAAAAAAAGGUAGUUGCGUUUCAUGAAGCAGGACAUGCGAUCACUGGUUGGUUCUUAAAGCAUGCCGAUCCACUGCUAAAAGUCUCAAUAAUACCGCGUGGUAAGGGAUUAGGGUAUGCACAGUAUCUACCGAAGGAACAAUAUCUUUAUUCCACUGAACAACUUUUGGAUCGAAUGUGCAUGAUGUUAGGGGGACGUGUUUCUGAAGAAAUCUUUUUCGGACGUGUUACAACAGGUGCACAAGAUGAUCUGCAAAAGAUCACUGAAAUGGCGUAUUCCCAGAUUGUAAAGUUCGGUAUGAGCAAGAAAAUUGGUCCAUUAUCAUUUACAGAAGGUUCAAAUUUUCAAAAACCAUAUUCCGAAACCACUGCGGAGCUCAUUGACCAGGAAGUGCGUAAUCUUGUCGAUACAGCUUAUAGAAGAACGUACGAAUUACUGGAAUCUAAAAAAUCACAAAUUGAAACUGUAGCAGAAAGGUUGCUUCAAAACGAAAUUUUAUCUAGAGAAGAUUUAAUUGAGUUGCUGGGACCGCGUCCGUUUGCCGAAAAGCAAACUUAUGAGGAGUUUGUUGCGGGUACCGGUGGUCUGGACGAGGAUAUCACAUUACCGAAGGGUUUAGAAUCAUGGAAUAAAUCAAAAAGUUUGGAGCGGGAUUCUGAAACUAAAGAGAAAGCAACAGAUGGCACGGACAAAGCGAAUAAAGAACGGUAGAAUUUAAAAAAUGAAACCACCUUUUAGGAUCUUAGUACAGUUUUGGAAUUAUCGUUUCGUCGUUUUAUAUAUUCAUUUCGAUUAUUGAGGUCAAAACUUCAUUUUUUUAAAAUUGAUUUGUCCAUUUUGGGGAACACUGCCAGUGAGAUUUGCAUUAUUACGGAA